AUGGCAGCCGAAAGAAGUUCGGAAAACGUCGUCAUGCCGACCUCUACCGAAACAACCGAAGGCGAUCCCUUGUCGGCAUCAACCGAGCACGAUAGCGUUCCUUCAGAUGUUAGUAAUGUUACAAUAAAACGUGGAAUCAAAUCAUCUCGAUUUACAAAUGAUACCAGCUAUAUUACAUCGCCUGCCUCUUUACAAGUUGGCACUCUAGUGCCAGGGACCUCUUUUAAUGUGAUAGCACCGGAUCAGUUGCCACAUUUUAAGCCUAUGCUUUGUGUUGAUAACGGUUUUAUUUCGAGUAGUUCCCUUGCAGAAGAUAUUAAAACUACACAUAUCGUUAUACAAGAAUCAGAUUUGCCGAACCCACAAGAAUCGAAACAUAUAAACUCUAAUACAAAUUCAUCAAUAUCAGGUACGAGCAGCAGUAAUCAGUCAUGGACGGAAACAGCAAAUAUGCCUGUUAUACCGAUAAGAUGCAAAAAUACCUCGGCAGAAUUACACAAAAGCAAGCUUGGGUCUGGUGGCCGUGGAAAGUGUAUAAAGUAUUGUUCUGAAUGGUAUACGCCAAGUGAAUUUGAGGCUUUAUGUGGUAGAGCAUCCAGUAAGGACUGGAAAAGGUCUAUUAGAUUUGGUGGUAAAAGUUUACAAGUGCUAAUUGAAGAAGGUAUCCUGACUCCUCAUGCUGCAAGUUGCACAUGUGGAGCAUGUUGUGAUGAUCUGACAGCAACAGGCCCUGUGAGGUUGUUUAUACCAUACAAAAGAAAAAAACGUAGUCCUCAAGAUGAUAUUCAAACAAAAACAAACCGAUUAAGAUCCAAAGGUAAACAUGAACCAGAAAAGCCUGAUAUAGAUAUGUGUCAUAACAGCAAUUCUAAAGAGACAUGGCAGUCUAUUGCAGAAGAGCUGGAAAGUACCAGUGAUUAUGAUUUGUUAGCUUCUGAUCCCACUCCGGAUACUAUUGCUAUACCAGCACUUAAGGAAAUAGAAGUACCCACUACUAGCAGUGUAAUGAAACGAAUGGAUGAUAUAGUGGACAUAUUUCUAAAAUUAUCUCAGGAGCUAAAGCAAUGUGUAGAAGAUAUUCAUUCAAUAAAUAAGAGUCAAUUGGAAAGACUUGAGCAUGUGAAGGCAUCUGAAUUAUUAGCAACUUCUGUAGAAGCACAAGUUGAAGAUGAGUUUGCUCCAAACACUGUGGAAGCAAGCUCAAAAAAGUGUGCCAAUUGUAACCGCGCCGCAUCAGCAGAGUGUUCCUUAUGUCGUAGAACACUAUACUGUUCAACAUUUUGUCAGAAAAAAGACUGGGCUGUACAUCAAAUUGAAUGUUUGCGUGAUGUACCCACCAUGCUUAUCGUAGAAAGCCAACCCCAAUAA